AUGGAUAAUAAUUCUUAUUAUAAUUUCUUAAGGGGACAUAAAAAUGAUCUGGAAUUUUAUGGAAAGGCUAAGUGCUUGCAUCAGUGGUCUACCUGGAUAACUGAGAAAAGCCAGUACGAAGUUCCUGAAUCAUAUAGAAUCGCAGCAGCAAAUUCAUUGUUUAUUGUUGGACCAACUGCUACAUCUAUUUUAUCGGAAUUUGUAUUGUUGGAUGAAUUUAGCAAUAUUUCACAAGAGCAGAGAGCGUUAUGUAGUGUUUGUAGCAGCUGCAUUAUGAGUGGGUCUCGUUUAUUGCAAGAUGAACAAUUAAGUGUUCGAAAGCCAGCUACUAGUUUUGUUGGCAAAAUGAUUGGAUCAACUAUAGAACCUCUCCACAGCACGUAUGCGUUAGAGAUGCUGUUCGAACACUCCGGAAAAUUUUUCUGGCAGACUGAUCUCAUGUUACAAAGUUUAAAACUAUUCCUAUUGGGUCAUAAGCCAAUAUCAUCUGUCCUAGCUAAACUUAUUCAAGAAAGUGAGAAUAACUUAAUAUUCGAACCCGAAAAUCCUAACCUUUAUGCUGAAGAAAGUCAACUGGUUAUUUUAGCUACUAAAACCUUAAAGGUUGUUGCUGGUCAAUUUAAUUUACUAGGUAACGAAAGUGCCAAUAAAUCGCCAAUAGCGAAAUUUAAGUUUUGGCUAGAAGGCUUACUUGAUGAGUGUCUGAGAAGUUACGAGGCAAUUAUGUCGUACUUAAGCCAUGGUUGUAAUGCGUCUAAAGAAGCAAAUUACAACUACUUUGGUGCUACUGGUCGUCAAUGUGUAUUUUUAUCAUUUUAUCGAUUAUUGAAAACUUCUAUCGCCAUAUUGGAAAUUAGAAAAGAUUUACGAUAUCGAAUUCAAUGUUCUGAAGUAUUUGAAGAACUUUAUCACUUACCGGAAAAUAUUGAAGUACAUCCACUUUUGCAAGCCCAUCUCGAUGAGCUAAUGGAUUUAGCUAAGCCUAAACGUGAAGAUAGUACUGCAGAUUAA